AUGGCUGGAAAUGACGAUAAUAAACCUGAAAGUAAGGAAACAGGUAUUGAUGAAAAUGUACGCAAUGAUGAUGACAGUGAAAAUAUUCGAGAAGAAUACGAAACUUUGGACUCCAAAUUGGACGAACUAAAUUUAGCUCUUGACUUCUUAGAGAAGAAAAAUGACGAUAUUCAUCAAAAACUUAAAGAACUUUUACAGUCUAAUAUAGACAUUCGUCAACAAUUAAAAAAUGAAAAUUGUCAAGCUAAUGACAAUGAAUGA